UUAAAUUACAUAAAGACGCUUAGGCAAGCACGGAAGUGGUACCUUGGACGAUUUUUCUAUUGAUUUCAAGUCGUACUCGGUAAAUACUGAAUUUUGACCAGUAUCAGCUGUUUGUAAUCUUCUAUAGCGUCUAUUUUAACGUUUUAACGUGUAACCUAUAUUUAAAAGCGUAGAAAGUAAAAAUUUAUUUAAAAAAGUUUCAAAAUGACAGGUUUAGACAAGGUUUUUAUUGGCAAAAUUGUUAAUAGUCUUUCUGGCUUGAAAGUGGAAGUGUUUGAAAGAGGGUAUGUGACAGUUAGGGGAAGACAGAUCAUCGAUAUAGGCAACCUAGCAGACAAGUGUGAAUGUCUGGAUAAGAAAUUUGGCAAUGUCGAAAGAAUCCAGCUAAAAAACAGUCAGAUUUUGAUCCCAGGUUUCGUGGAUACCCAUAUCCACGCUCCUCAGUAUCCGAAUUGCGGCCUUGGAUACGACAAAACUCUGUUGGAUUGGUUGGACGCGUACACAUAUAAACUGGAGAGGGUAUACAGGGAUUCUAAGUUUUCUAAAGACGUUUUUGACAAAGUCGUUAAAAAAUGUCUGGAUCAUGGUACAACCACCGCAUGUUAUUAUGGACCGUUAUUUAAUAGUGCAAACGUCAUAUUGACAGACUCAGUAGAGAAAUAUGGUCAGAGGGCGCUGAUUGGGAAGGUUACUAUGACACAAUCUCCGUAUCCAGAUUAUGUUGAAGGUGAAGAGGAAUUUAUGAAAAAUAUAACAGAGUUUGUACGACAUGUUUUGUCUAGACAGAAUGACCUAAUUCAACCUAUAAUCACACCCAGGUUUGCCUUGAGUCUCAAUUCAUCUCAAAUGAGACAACUGGGUGAUCUUGCUGAAUCUCAAAAUCUCCAUAUUCAGACUCACAUAGCAGAGAAUAAGGACGAAAUUCGCAUGGUGCAAGAGACUUACAACAAACCCUACGCUAGAGUCUAUGACGACGCCAAACUUCUAACUAAUAAGACAGUUCUGGCACACGGGAUCUACCUGACCGACGAAGACUUAGAUCUAAUUGCUGAGAGAAAUACGGGCAUCUCCCACUGUCCAGAUUCCAACACAUGUCUCAAAUCUGGACUGUGCGACGUCAAAAGACUGUUAGAACGAGGCAUCAAAGUUGGCCUGGGUUCAGACGUAUCAGGAGGGCCUGUCCCAUCAAUAAGACAAGCGAUGAAGUCAGCUUUGGAUACGUCAGUCCAUCUGUCGUUUAUUAAAGAUAAUUAUGAACCUCUAACUUACGAUCAAGUAUUUUGUUUGGCUACCAUAGGCGGUGCUGAAGUACUUCACAUGCAGGAAAAAAUUGGAAAUUUUGCUGUUAACAAAGAGUUUGAUGCUCUGAUCGUUGAUGUUGAUGUUGAGAGUUGUCAGGUUGAUGACGUAUUAGACCGCACGCCACUGGAGAUACUUCAAAAGUUUGUUUAUUGCGGGGAUGACAGGAAUGUGGUCGGUAUUUAUGUGGCUGGUCGCAAGAAAGAAAUAAAAAAUGUAAUACAUAGGCAGACAACAGAUAGAUAUAUAGUUAUAUAAUACACGAAGCACAUCCAGCAAAACUUGAGAAUAACGCAGUUAGUUGAAAAUAAGUAUGUAUUUAAAUAGUAAUAAUUAAGGAAAACAAACCAUUCCUUUGAAUGUUUAUCUCAUGGUUCAUUCUAAUGCUUACAAAGGAUUCUGGGCUAUAAUAAAGAGCAAUUUUCGUAGAAGAAAGCAACAGUAUCUUUUAAAGACGAAUGAAGUUAUGUAGGAAGUCUGUUGUACUUUAAUAGAACUUUGUCAGGAUCAUAAGUCAGGAUCAGUCAAUAGUCAAUCAUUGGUUCCGUUUAAGGUAAAAGGAUAGAUACAAAAUUGGAGUCAUUUUCUAUGGACACAAGGAAGAAGGCAAAAUGCUACAUAAUAUGUUCACGAAAUUCACUGAAAUCAUCCAGGAAUUAUUUGUAUUUGCAAAUAGAAUGAUGGACCAUCAAACAGGACUCCAUAAUUAUUGAAGGUGGUCUAAUGAAUUUGUUCAUGGAAUAAGAAACAGACAAAGGACAAUGAUUGGCUAAGGAUAUACAUUCAAGCAGCAGAAGAUAGAGUUCAAACAGCCAUAGUUAUAACUAAAGGACUCCAUAAUGAUUCAAGGUUGUCUAAUGAAUUUGUUUAUGGAAUAAGAAACAGAUAAAGGACAAUGAUUGGAUAAGGAUAUUUAUUCAAACAGCAGAAGAUAUAGUUCAAGCAGUCAUAGUUGAACUAACUAAAGGUUUGGAUCUCCGGAACACAUUAUCUCGUAAGCUGACCAAAUGGACCCGAUCCUACAUUCCAACGACACUGCAAGAUACUCAUAACUACCAGCUGGUUUUUGUUUACUUUAAUAUAAUUUUGCAUAAAAUAUUUAGUAUUUUUAGAUGGCAUUAUAUUCAGCAUAAUUACAUUUAAAUAAAACUUACAGAUCUUUUAAA